AGCAGCAGCAGGAGAGAGUGAGAAAGGAGACGGAGUGAGCUUAGAAGAGGUUGAAUGACAUUUUUAUUUGCACUGCACAACAUUUCUGGAAAUUUCCUUCAGUUUGGAGGCUGCUGCAGAGCUGGCACACUUGAAGAAAAAACUGGACUGAGUACUGGAGCAGAAGAUAAGAAAGAAAAAGCUGUAGGCUGCAAAAGUGUUACACCAGACUAGAUAACCUUGGAAUCUGGGUUAGGAGGUAAUGUGUUGACGGAGUUGACUUGAACGCAGCUUAGUGUACCUCUAGCAUCGUGGAGUGCUGUCUAACAAAAGAAGACCCACGUGGAAGACACCUGCACCUGAAACAAAAGGCUGACCUGAUUCCUGUUAAGGAGCAUCUAAAAAUCCUUCUCGACUGUCACCCUGGGGAAGGCAACGCUCCUCCGAUCCCCCCGAUUUCCCCCUUCCUCUUCAUCAUCAUCUGCAUCUUCAUCCCCGCCUACACUGAAGGCGGUAACACCGUCUCGUUGCACGCUAACAGCAGGUAUCAGGUGGAGAAGGCUUCAGCUCUCCGGAUCUCCCAUCAUGCACAUCAAGACCACUAAGUGUAACCACUUCUGCCUGGUCGCCUCGGUGACCAACCAGGAAGUGUUCAACCGACCAGAGGCGCAGGCCAGUUUCGAAGCCUUGUUCCGCUCAUUCGACCCCGAGGUGCAGUUCCAGUACUUCAAGUCCUUCCGGCGGGUCAGGAUCAGCUUCAGUGACGCUCUGGCUGCAGCCGAGGCCAGACUCCGGCUCCAUAAGACAGACUUCAACGGCAAAGAGAUGAGGCUGUACUUCGCCCAGUCCGUCCACAUAGGCAGUCCUCGUCUGGAGCCCCCCAAGCCGGAGAAGCAGUUCCUAAUCUCGCCCCCCGCCUCCCCUCCGGUCGGCUGGGAACAGUCUCAGGACGCUACGCCAGUCAUUAACUAUGACCUGCUGUGUGCCAUCUCAAAGCUAGGCCCAGGAGACAAGUACGAGCUCCACACGGCCACGCCCACCACCCCCAGUGUGGUCGUCCACGUCUGCGAGGACGAGCGUGGCGACAGCUCUGCCCCUGACGACAGCGAUCAAGAAGAGAAGCCGCACACCCCGCGGCCGAAGAUCAUCCAGACACGACGCCCGGAGUACAGAGCUGGAGUGGAGCACUGAGCGACGACCAGCAGGGGGUGUGCGCAUCGUGACAGCUGUGACAUUUCAUCCUGAGGUGAGAGCUGAAGAUGCUCUCAGAGCUUUGAAGAAGGUUUUGGGACUUUGGGAAAAGCACCUACGGGUGCUGCAUUGUCCUGUAGACGAGCAUUUCAUAAGACGGAGAGAAAACAUAGAGAGUGCUGCAUUCAUGUUCAGUGGGAAAAUGGAACACACAGUUCAGUUUAGCUGUGACUAAAAAUGAAACAUGGAGACAGAAGCAUAGGAAAUAUUGGUGUUGAAGUGUAGAAAUAAUGCAAACAAUGUUUUAGGAGGAGACUUCACUGGAUUUUGGUUUAUUUUGGUAUUUUGUUUUAAAGAUAUACAUGAAAUAUAGCAUGCUAAAGUUUGUUUUGUGCGGUAAAUCAAGUCUGUACAGGACCUCCAGUGAUGGAUGCUCCCUCAUGACAUGAAUGCAGCAUCAUUCUGAUUGGUCACGUUUCUUUGUGAAGGCCGACAAAAGGGAAUGACCUUUAUUCAACCUUUCAGACUGUUUGAUUUUUGCUGGGGUGCUACAUGAUCGUGAGAUUCGACUUUAUAUGCCACGCUCAUGUCAGCACUACAGCUCUUCAUCACCGCUGUUUGAUGUCAGCUGAUCUGUGGCGGACAAGUCAGAGCCGCCUCGCUCGCAUUUUUCAACCUGUAGUGUUCCUAUAAAGACGUCUCACAGUGUUACCGGGGUUCUUUCGGUUUUAUACUCUGCCUGUCCGUCUGUCUGUGUUGAUUGUGGUGUAGAAAAUAACUGUUUGACAUUUAACGGAGCCAAAUUACUCGAGGCUGUUUUUGUUUUUGAAUGUAAAACGACCACAGCUCUCUAAAAAUGAGGGCUGAAUUUCCACUAAUCCACUAUGUCGUCAGUUAAAAAAAAAAUGAAACAGGGCUAUGAAGCACUCUGAAAGAAGCAAACGGAGCACUGUUUCUCAGCUCUGCGCUGUGCUGUCCUCUGGAUUAAGAGUGUUGUAAGGUGAUAAAUGUCCCCUUUAGUCCAUGCACUUAUAGUAUGUAAAGAUGCUUCAUAUUAUUUUCAUCCCAGUGUGAUAAUCUGUAAAAACAGCCGUAGUACGCUUCAUCUGCUUGGAUUUGAUGUGAUUGCUUUCAAUUUAAAGCUUUGAUAGGAUGAAAUUUGUGGUAAAACACAAGUGGAGCUGUAAAAGAAGACAUACAAAUGUGGAAACUGUGAGUUUAGGGCCCCAUUUAUCUAAAAAAGUUAAAACUCAACUUCGGCCCUUCCCUGCAUGUCAUACCUAUGUCUCUCGUCCUACUUUUCUUGUCUACCUUCAGCUGUUCUGUCUAAUAAAGGCAAAAAUAGCCCAAAAUCUAUCCUAGAAAAUAAAUACAAGAAUAUGAAUAUAUGAGAAUGAAGUCAUGCCUCUAGCCUACAGUCAGCCUGUUUGUUUUGAUUGUAAUAAUCUAAAACCCAUCCUACAUUCUUGCCCUGCUGGCUCCAUUUAGAAAGGCGUUGUGUUGUUCUGGGCUCCCUCUGUGCCUCCGCUCCACCAGCAUCUCAGAGAAUACCUCCCCUAACUCCUAACAUAAUCCACUGGGCAUGCUGAGAUUGGUCGAGAUAAGGAGCAGGACUUGGAAGAGAGCAACCUGUGAUAACUAGGGUUGGUUCAGGCAUCUUUGUGUUGCAAAGCCAUGGCUAUCAUGGAUCUCUGCUGUAAUACAUAGGAUUAAAAUCACCUCACCUAUUUCUUCUGAUGUUCCAUCCAUAAUUACGGCACGCCCUAGCACAGAGCUUUUAUGAUCUUGACUCAGCUUUUCCUUUGACCUAAAUCUUAUUGUACCAGCCAGGCUGCCAUCACUUACUGCCAGAUUUGUUUUUAGCAUUUUCAGCAGCGCUGACAUACUUUUCAAAUAAAACCUUCUUUAUGUUAUUUUUAAGGAGAACCAGACGUUAUUCUGGAAGUAUAACAAGAUGUUUCUGAUAAUUUUUUGGGCCUUUAUUAUUGAUAGAUGAGGGAGAGCAGGGAUGACAUGGGAGGGAAAGGAUCCACCUACAGACCACCUGCGUACGUCAGGUGCAACCUUACUGCUAGGCCGUCUAUGCCCAGCUGUCUCAAAGUUUUCAACCAAAAAUGUUCAAAACAUUAUGCAAACAUUAGAUUUAAAAUACAUCUUGUCACACAAUAUUGGUUCAAGAUAGUGAAAUUAUAAAUGUGAUGUGGGAUGGAUAUCCCCUGAUCAUAAAUGAUUGACCUCUAUAAUGUAUUUUUCCCCAUUCUGCCACCAUGUAGACAACUCUUGGAGUAUAUGUUGUAUGUGUGGCUGAUUUUUUUCCUCUUCUAUAAACGGUUCACGUCAGACAUGCCAGCCUUCAUUUCAAAUUCUUUCAGUAGGAAAACAGAGGUGUACAAACACAACAAAAUGCUCUGACUUCUUCUACUUUAUAUUUCUGAAGGUGUCCCCGUGUGAGUAAAUAUGUUGGUGUAUGUCGUAUUCGUCCUGACACUUGAUCCCUUCCAAAUUUACAAAACAAAUGGUUUGUCCCUGUCACUGAAAUCUUGAGCACUAGUGGAAGCAGCUUCAUGAUCCUGACAGUGUACUAAUGUAUAAAAUAUAUAAAAAUGCCACUUUAAAGGGUUUAAAAUGAAAAAGCUUCUUAUUUGUAGAUGCGGCAUCAGUCAUGCUGUAAAGUGAUAAUGCUGCUUGUAUUUAGAUGAUGAAAAUGUGCAUUAUUUCUAGCUAUAUUAGUUGCUUUUGUUUCCUAGGAUGUUUAUUUAAGGGGAAGGGUGCAUGUUAGUCGUGAAGCAGCACUGUGAAGCACAUGACGCACUGCCAGGAAGCUCAUCGGUCCAUGUUAAAGGACUGGAGGUUACAUAAGGCUGUCAGUUUAGCUACUUUUUUACUACUGCUGUUUUAUUCAAGUAUCUUUGGAAGACAAAAAGGUGAUAAACAUCGUUGAAGUACCAUUAAAUAAAGAUUUGACCACCUUA